UAACAUGUCCCCUCCUCUCUUUUCGUUAAGAACCCCCUCACAGGAGCACAGUUCAGUCGCGGGCGUUGGCAGAGCUUCAGUCACACCCAGCAUGAAGACCUCUACCUUGAUAACAGCUUUAAGUCUCUGCAGCUUCUGCUCGACUUCUGUCCCGGUUUCUGUGGAGGUCCAACCUGGUGAAAAUGCCACAUUGACGUGCGCCAACAUUUCCAAAUAUGACACCAUGACAUACUGGUUCAGACUGGUGAACAGAACCGAGGUCAGCUGUGUCGCCGUGUUGAUGAAUUCUUACAGCAAGGUUUCCUACUGUGAUGGAGUUCAAAAAUCUAAAUUUGAGAUGACAUCCAACACCUCCAACCUCUUUCUCAAAAUCCAACAAGUGAAUGUAUCUGACACUGGACUUUACUUCUGUGGGUUUUACAUAGCUGGGAUUCCAUAUUUCAGUAAUGCACGUUUGACCAUUACAGGAGGCGGUGAAGAAAUUGGAAAAGAAAUGCCUUGGCUGACUUUUACCCUGGGCACUCUAACUGUUUUCUUCAUGGUGGCCGUCAUUGUUUUGGUUGUUAAAAUAAGGAAAAUCCAGAAAACUGCAAUUGAAGAACUGCAUCAUGAGAGAAACAAGAAUGUGGGCUCUGAUGACCUGACCCGUACAGAGUGGAGGUUUCUUCCAAAGACAAUAAGGAGCAGGAGGUCUGCAAUGGAGAACGAAGUGGAGACUCAUGUUGUUUAUGCUGCCACCAGAUAGACUCAUAGUCCCUGUAACUGUCUGCAAACGGGUGCUUUAUCAUAUCAAGUUUACUCACUUUCAAUGUUCUUUUUAAAUAAACUUCAAAUAAUCUCAGAAAAAAG